UCCCACUCUCAGUGAUUUAAAAAUAACAGCGAAGGUCUUAACUCACCUGUUCUGAGUGGAAAUGCAGAGCCCGGGCGGAGCACAGAGUGACGAUUCUGACGAAGCAGUGGACGACCCUCUCAACACCGAGCUCGAGAGUGACGCCCCUACAGUCGAUGGAGAUCUUGUAAGCCGGGUCAGUGACACGGGAGAGAGGACACCAGAGCCCGAUCUGAGCGAAGUCGCCAGCUCGGAAGAGUCUCCCCAAACUGUCCAGCCAAGCAGCACAGAGCUCAGCACGGCGUUGGCCGAGACCCAGGGCAGCUCAUAUGACAAGAAGUACCCUGUUGCCUCGCCUCUCCUUGUCAAAUUCACUGUGACCCUGACGCUGGCCAUUCCGGACGGUCUUGAGGGUGUCAGAAAGAAAUCACUCAAAAAGUCCAAAUCAAUGAGGUCACUGGAAGCAACAAAGCCCCUCAAAUAUUAUCACAUCGAAUGGACUCUUCUUCCAAAUGGUGAAGUAACAAAACUAGAUAUAGUGAUCUUUGCAACAGCUGCAAAAGCCUAUUUGGGAAAUGACAGCCAGGUUCUGAAGUCAUGGUAUGAUGGUGAACAAAUGUGGUUGGUCUUCAAUCAUAGUGUGGAGUUGCCAGUUACUAAAGAAAUACUGUUAAAACUUAGCUCUUAUGUGAUGACACUUCAUAUAUGGGACAGCAAGGAUAAAGUGAGCUCCAAGGCAAAAUUUGAUCGUCCCAAGGCUUUACGUCUUUUCAUGGAGAGCAAAAAUUUGGAUGAGGAAAAACAUUUGGUUCAGGAGCAGUUAAAACUGUUAAAAGACAGUCCUCUCUUGACAACCUAUAAAGAAACUCAUGAUAUACACCCUGAAGAUCUCUCUCAAAAGCAUGGAGAAGCUGAACCAAAAACAAAGUCCAAAAGCAAGAUUUUACAUGAAACACCCAAGCACCCAAGUCAGAAAAAGAAAGUGCUGGAAAAAUAUAUCUCAGGUGCAAUAAAGCUGGAUAUGAGGCUGCUUCUUGCAGGACAUAAAUCAGUCACAAAUAAAAUGGAUGACAUAAUGCCUGGAAUACGUGAUGCUAUUUUCACAAUAUCAGUGGAUAAUUCACUCAUGUCUGAGGAAAUGGAGAGGGAAUUGAAUCCAAUGGUCAUUCGUAUUAUUUCUGCCAGCUCAAUGCCAUCGACUCCUGUACCAAUCCAUGUGCUAGAGGAAAAAUCUGGUCCUGUGUACUGUCAGUAUCAAUUCUAUGACAUGCCCUGUCAUCGGACAAAAGCUAGAGAGCAUGGGUCAGAGAUUUCUUUUAAGGAUGUGAAUGUGAUUCUAACAGGGACCUUCAAACCAGAUAAACUCAAAGAGUAUCUACUUGGGCCUCCUCUAGAGAUAGAGAUUCAUGACCGUGACAGAAAAUUGGUGCUCCAGUCUGAACUACCAGCAUUGUUUGGAACUGAGGCAGAAGACAUUAAACUGAGCAAUGUCAGUCUUGCUAGCAGUAAGCGAACUGUCCAUGAUCCUUUCACAACUACAAAUAAAUCUUGGGAUCCUUAUGGCAUUGCGAAGCUGGCCUUCUCUGACCUUGUAUAUGGUGAAAAGUGCUUGAAUCUUGCUGUAUCUAUACAAAACAGUACUACACCAGAUCCAACCGGUUACAAAACAGAUGGAUUGGAUGGACGUAUUGUAAAUGUUUCAGGAGCUAUUGAUGUUCCAGAUGAAUGCCCGUUACCUAAAGGAGAUUAUUUGGAAUCAAAUUCUGUGCUUAAUAUAAGAAUUGAAUUAGCUUAUCCAUUAAUGGGAACCACAGAUGUACCACUUGAAACUGGGGAGUGCCAAUUUGGUCGCAUUAUUUACAUUUUUGACUAUAAAAAUACAAAAUUUCUUAAUGAAUUGCUGGGAACAAUUAAUUCAGUUAAUUCUGCAGCACUUUGCCUGGAUACUUUCUCAAAUGAUGAAAGUGACACAGCUGAUACAGUACUUAAAGUGGAGCUAAAAGAGAGCUCCAUGCAGGAUAUUGUGACAGGUUUUCACCUAAUGGAUGGAAAAAUGCAUCUCUUUGUUUUGGAGGGACUGAGAAAUGAAGGGCUCAGGAAAUUGUGGAAAAAUGUGCCAAUCAGAUCUGUGGCUCCUGAAGAAGAAAGGAUUAAGAUUCUAUACAAUAGUAACUUCAGUUUUCAUCAAAGGUUGUAUGCAAACAUGGAUGAUAAUGUUUAUCAUCUUCAUCUCCGUGAGCCAGUGCAUGAUAUUAUAAAGCAACCUUUGCUGUAUAUUAGGGAUAUGACUCCCCAGGAUUGCUUUCAGGCAUUGUGUAGACUUCAACAUAUGUGCUCUGCCAAAAAGUUGAGACAAGUCGUGCAGGCUGACCUCUUCCCAGCUGCAGACAUGCUAAAAAUACUCAGUCGUGAGUUUGGAAUCCCAGCCUCUGAAACAGGCCCAUUUACGACCAAGUCUGUGCCAUCCAUCACAACUGAACUUGCUUCCAAACUUAAACCCACGAAACGGGCGCCCUAUUCUCUACUGGACAUUUACAAUGAAAAAUAUUUACAGAGGAAAAGGGAUCAAAUUUUCCCAGAUCAUGUUCAGGCUAACAUUGAUGCAGUUUCCCAGGCUGACAAAAAGCUGAAGAAACCCAAGCUAGGAACAAUUACGGCAGUGUAUCCUGAAGGCAAAGCAGUGCAUAUUUAUUCCAGUCAGACCUUGAACUCUGCUCAGCGGGCAAAGGAACUGCUGCACCAAGAAAUAGCUAAGAAGCAAAACAGCUACUUUACAUACAAUCCAGAAUUUUUGUCAGCAUCGGUGGCUCCUGUGGAUCCAGAAACUGAGAAAAAGAAAGCAAAGGAAAAGUCAAAGGCAACUUGGCUAACCUUUGAAGGAUUCAGGUUUUAUGAAUUCAAAACCAGUCUAGAGUCUAAUGAACACCCAAAAAAACCCGAUAGAGCACGGAUACGCGAUCUUCAGAAGGCCUGGAAGGAGCAUAUUCUGUAUGGUAACCUAUUUAAACCAAUUCUACCACGUGGCAGAUGGAAAUGGAGCGAAAGGCACAAAGAUUUUGAACUAUACAAGAAGUUAACUUAUGCACCACCUCCCAUCAGUGUUCAUUUGGCAGGUGAUACUUUAAAAGCUGAACAACUUGAAAGUAUUUAUAAAGAUUAUGAGGACUGGCGUUCAAAACUUUUAGUAAGCAAAAUCAAGAACAAAUGUUGCAGUUUUACCAAAGAUUUUGAGUUAGAAACAACUGGGCCAGAAGCGAGCAAACAAGUAGACAAGUCUGUGAUAUCCUCCGUCAAACAACCCAUCUCUAUUCUAAAGCAAAUAACUUACUCAGAUGUUGCAGAUUUGAUAAACUGCAAAACCCCACAACAACCAGAAGUCACUAAAGGAUUUGCCCCUGGUUUAACUGCUAACCGUAGCUGGAAAAUAAACGCAAAUAUAAUUCCUCGGUACGACAUGGAGCACAAAAAGUUCGCUGAUCUCAAAGGAAAUGAUUUCAAGUAA